UAAGUUACUUUACAAAUCAAGUCUUAAGUACGAACCCAUGGUUACUCCUUGUGUGUUACAAGCUAAGCAUAAGACUUACUUAUUCUCAUGCGACGGUCCAAUGAAAUCACCCCGCUGCUGUUUUCAGUCCUUUGAUCCAAUCAAAAAUUGCUUUUGCACCCUUCCAACCCCUUCCCUAGAUCCCUCCAAUCGGAGGUAUUGUGUGAGAGCGUAUUUUCUUGUUUAUGAUCAUAUAUACUUGUUUAUCAAUGGAGGGGCCAACUCCAAGCUUCAUGCGUUCUCUUUCGACACUAGAUCAUCAAAAUGGAAGGAAAUAGAGUCCUUGUUGAGCGAAUUUGAAGAACGCAAAAUUCCCAUUCCCCAUGAUCACAUUGGCAAUAUAGGGCUCUCUUCUAAGUUUAAUGAUAAUACUCAGAUUCUGGUCACCCUUGAUCAUGGUAGACCUACUGCGUAUCGUGUUAGGAUUGGUGCAGCAGGGAGUUCUCUCCACCCUAAAUCCUAUAGGCGUUUACUUGAAUAUAAUUGGACCUGGCGGAGUAACACAUCACACCUACUUGAUAUUGGAAAUCAAAGGUUUUGUGUGAUUUUUUCUAGGGAGGAAAAACCUCUUUUGGUUUAUGCCUUCAAGAUGGAUUUUGCAGUUGAAUAUGAAAACCAGGGAAAGUCAACCUCACUUGCAAAGCCCUCCAUAGAGAUUCUUUGUUCCAAGAAAUUUAUGUGCUCCGUAUGUUAUUGUGUUUGUUUGGCUUAUGCUUCUGCAUCUCAAUGUUGUGUUCCUUGGGAUAAAGUCAAGCCCAGAAAUAAUAAUUCUAAUAUAGAGGAGCCACAAAGGGAGCCAGGUGUUGUGUAUCUCGAGGUGUAGAGGCUUGCUUUGUAGGGAGAUGAUGAUUUAUCUUUAUGUUGCCACUGCUUAGUAAUCCCAUACAACCCACGCUGGUUUAUCUUUGUUUUC